AAACCAGUCAGGAGAGAGAGAGAGAGAGAGCGAGGGAUCACAACGCGCAGGUGUGUGAGAGAGAGAGAGGGAUCACUACGCAGUGGAGAGAGAGAGGGUCUUCCCCCCAAAAAGACAAGGGGAGAUCACCCAACCACGCGCACCGCAGAGAGAGAGAGGGUUGGUGAGGAGGCGGAAAUCCCUCAACCAGGAGAGACAGAGAGAAACCGACCGCCGGCCUAGAAAACAAUGCCGACUGAUCGUCGCAGUAGUCGAAUAGGUACCACAGCCUCAUCAGACCCGCGCUCCACGGCCCUUGAGCGCCUCAAGGCCCUGCGUGACGGCACGGUACAGAAAACCCCAGAAAUCAAAUUGGCAGAACCAAUCUACGACAGUCUUCCUGAAGAUGAAUAUGCCCGCUUGGUUGCAGAGCGCAAAGCUUCUGCGAAGGAAUUCAUAGUGGACGACAAUGGUCUUGGUUAUGGAGAUGAAGGGGAAGAAGAAGAUUGGGGAAAAGACCAGCUUCCCCCUUCUUCGGACGAAGAAGAUGAGGGGUUUCAGAGAAAGAGGGGCUUGGUUUCAGAGAAGAGGAAGAAGGAGAAGAGAGAGAAAGAUGAAGCAAAGCAGAGCUCGUCUUUCUCUGCUGCUGCUGCUUUAAUGGGAAAGCAGAGGCUCACUUCCAUGUUUACUUCGAAUGUGUUGAAGAAGAGGGAGGAGAAGGGGGGAGUGAGGGGGGUGAGUGCUGAGGCCAUUAUAGAGGAUGUGUUAAUGGAAUUUGCGCCUGACGAGACUGACAGAGAGAGGAGGAGAAGGCGAUUAGGUACAAAGGCUUCAUUACCAUCAUCUGAUGCAAUGCUGCGACCUGUUGAGUGUGAAACAGUUUCUAUUAACAAAAAUUCUAAAUCUGGGAUUGAUAAGUUACCCCUAGUUUCAAGUAUGGUUUUGGGGAAUGAGCGCUUGGGUCCUGAUACUGACGAUACAGGCAUGAGCAUGGAUACUCAUGCCGAGACUUCACCUCACCUGGAACCAGAGCUGGCUUCUGGUGCUAAUGAUUGUCAAGAUCCUGAUGCAUCUCAUAAUAAUUUACUUCGAGAGGGGCCCAUAGUGGAAAAAGGAAAGGUUGGUUUGCUUGUUUCUGAAAGAAAUGCUAAAAUAGAGAAGGGAACAGUUGAAGACAAAGUUUUGCUUAAUGCAAAGGUUAAUAUUGAGAGCAAUUCUAUGCCCACUGCUACUGCUGGUUGGCAAGCUGUAUCACAAGGGGAGAAGGUGAAUGGUGGUCAGAAUGGGGAAGUUUCAGAACUCCCAGUAAAUUAUGAAGAGAAGACAGAGUUUUCUUUGGACCCAGAUGGGUCACUACCUUUCUAUAUAAUUGAUGCAUAUGAGGAGAUCUAUGGUGCAAAUGUUGGUACUUUGUACCUCUUUGGAAAGGUUAAAUCAGGUGAUGCAUAUCUCAGUUGUUGUGUAGUUGUAAAAAAUUUACUGAGAUGUGUCUAUGCCAUCCCUACUGGUUCAGUUUUUAAAGGAAAUGCAGUCGCAGAGCUUGAAAGUGCUUUGAAGGACUCCAGAAUCACACAUACAACAUUUCGGACCAAGCUGCAAGAUAUGGCAACUGGAUUAAAGAAUGAAUUAUCCAAAAGACUGUUGGAUCUUAAUGUGUCAACUUUUAGCAUGACUCCUGUGAAGAGGAGCUAUGCAUUUGAACAAUCUGGUGUACCUAUUGGCAAGCAUUAUGUUCUUAAGAUCAGCUACCCAUACAAGGAUUCACCUCUUCCUUCCGAUUUAAGAGGAGGACAUUUUUCUGCUCUUUUUGGUACCAAUACCAGUGCUUUGGAGCUCUUUCUCGUAAAAAGGAAAAUAAAAGGGCCCUGUUGGCUCACUAUAUCAAAAUUUUCCAGCUGUCCUGCUCUACAACGGGUGAGCUGGUGCAAAAUGGAAGUUGUUGUUGACUGUCCUAAGGAUGUGAAUAUAGCAACUUCUUCAGGUGCUGCAAGAGAGAUCCCUACCGUGACGACUGCAGCAAUAAAUUUGAAAACAGUUAUCAAUCAACAGAAAAAUAUGAAUGAAGUUGUUUGUGCAUCUAUUGUUUGUUACCGCAAUGUCAAGAUUGAUAGCCCUUCAGAAUGGAAACGACCCGAUAGCCAUUUUACUGUUAUUCGCAAGCUUGAUGGUGAUGUGUUCCCUCUGGGAUUUACCAAGGAAGCUGAUGAACGAAAUAAAAAGGCUGGGAAUAUUGUGCUAGUAUGUGAGGGCAGUGAACGUGCCUUGUUAAACCGCUUUAUGACUGAAUUACACAAAUUAGACAGUGAUGUUUUGGUUGGGCACAACAUUUCUGGGUUUGAUCUUGAUGUUCUUCUUCACCGAGCACAGGAUUGCAAGGUGCCGAGUAAUAUGUGGUCCAAACUUGGCCGUCUCAAACGCUCUUCCAUGCCAAAACUUACAAAAGGAAAUAACCUAUUUGGAAGUGGAACUAGUCCCGGAGUGUUAUCCUGCAUUUCUGGUCGACUUUUAUGUGAUACAUAUUUAGCCUCACGUGAUCUUUUAAAGGAGGUGAGUUACUCUUUGACACAACUUGCCAAAACUCAAUUGCGGAAGGACCGGAAAGAAAUUGCUCCACUUGAUAUUCCAUUGAUGUUUCAAACAGCAAACUCCCUUCUUGAACUUGUGGAAUGUGGGGAGACUGAUGCUUGGCUAUCUUUAGGAUUGAUGUUUCAUUUGAGUGUGCUUCCAUUAACACGCCAACUGACUAAUAUUAGUGGUAAUCUCUGGGGGAAGACGCUCCAGGGAGCGAGGGCACAGAGAGUGGAAUACCUUUUAUUGCAUGCUUUUCAUUCAAAGAAAUACAUUGUCCCUGACAAGGCUAUUCAUAAAAAAAUCACCUCAACUAAACGAAGAAUGGCUGGUGGCGCAGAGGAAGGAGACCUCAAUGAUCCAAAUGUUGAUGAUUACAAUUUUGAUGGUGAUGAUCAACAUAAUGAUAAGGAAAAACGUAAAAAGGGUCCUGCCUACUCUGGUGGUCUGGUGUUGGAACCUAAGAAAGGUCUUUAUGACAAGUAUAUUCUAUUGCUGGACUUCAAUAGUUUGUAUCCAUCCAUCAUCCAGGAGUACAAUAUCUGCUUCACCACAGUUGAACGAACAAGUGAUGGUUCAAUUCCUAGUUUACCAUCUAGUAGAACCACUGGAGUUCUACCUGAGUUAUUGAAAAAUUUGGUUGAGAGGAGGAGAAAUGUUAAAUCGUGGAUCAAGAAGACCUCCAAUAUUUACAAGAUUCAGCAGCUUGAUAUUCAACAACAGGCUUUGAAGCUAACUGCAAACAGUAUGUAUGGUUGCUUGGGCUUCUCCAAUUCAAGGUUUUAUGCAAAGCCACUAGCAGAGCUCAUAACACUACAGGGACGGGAGAUCUUGCAGAGCACUGUUGACCUUGUCCAGAAUAACUUAAAUUUGGAGGUAAUUUAUGGAGAUACAGACUCUAUUAUGAUACACAGUGGACUUGAUGAUAUUUCAGAAGCCAAAGCUAUAGCCGUAAAGGUCAUCAAAGAGGUCAACAAGAAGUAUAGGUGUUUAGAAAUAGAUCUUGAUGGAUUAUACAAGAGAAUGCUCCUUCUCAAGAAAAAGAAAUAUGCCGCUGUCAAAGUGCUAUUUAACAAGGAUGGGUCACUGUAUGAGGUCAUUGAACGAAAGGGUCUUGACAUAGUACGUCGUGACUGGAGUUUGCUAGCAAAGGAACUAGGGGAUUUCUGUCUCAACCAUAUAUUAUCUGGAGGAUCAUGUGAAGAUGUUGUAGAAGCAAUACAUGGCCAUCUAAUGAAGGUGCAAGAAGAGAUGAGAAAUGGUGAAGUCGAACUUGAUAAGUAUGUGAUUACGAAAUCCUUGACUAAACCACCAGAGGACUAUGCAGAUGCGAGAAACCAACCUCAUGUUCAGGUUGCAUUGAGAUUGAAGCAAAGUGGGCAUCGCAUUGGUUGCUCUGCCGGUGAUACAGUUCCUUAUAUUAUUUGCUGCCAGCCAGGUUCUGGAUCUGGUUCUUCUGCUGGAAUAGCUCAAAGAGCUAGACAUCCUGAUGAACUGAAAAGGGACAAUGAGGAUUGGAUGGUUGAUAUCGAGUAUUACUUGUCACAGCAGAUUCAUCCUGUGGUAUCACGACUUUGUGCAACGAUUCAAGGCACCAGUCCUUCACGUCUGGCUGAUUGUCUUGGGAUCGAGUCAUCCAAGUUCCAACAUAAAAUAGAUGAAUCAGUGAACAGAGAUUCUUCUAGUUUGCUUUUAUGUACAGCUGAUGAUGAAGACAGAUACCGGGGUUGUGAGCCUUUGUGGAUAUCAUGUCCCAGUUGCUCUGCUAGUUUUGAGUGCCCCACAGUGUCCAGCUUAAUAACUGCUCUAGCUUCUCAAAAAAAGACUGAAUCUCAAACACAAGAAGAACCAGGUGGUAACUUCUGGCUCCGAUUGCGCUGUUCAAGAUGCCCAGAUGAGGGUGAUGGAAGCAGAAUAUCUCCGGCCAUGAUAGCAAACCAGGUGAAGAGGCAGGCAGAGAAGUUCAUCUCCAAGUAUUAUGAUGGACUUAUGAUGUGCGAUGACGAAAUGUGUAAGCAUACCACUCGUACUCUGAAUCUGCGGGUGAUUGGUGAAUCAGAGAGAGGAACGGUAUGUCCAAACUUUCCACGUUGUAAUGGCCAUCUCAUAAAAGAGUAUACAGAGGCAGAGCUAUACAGGCAACUCUCAUACUACUGUCAUGUGUUGGAUUCUGCACGGUUUAUCGGAAAGUUGCAGUUGGAAUACAGUAUGAGAAUAGCAAUUGAGAAGCACCUUGCAAGCAUCCGGCCCUUAGUAGAGCCAGCAUCCUCAACAAUACAGAGAAUUAGGGAGAGCUGUGCAUAUGGUUGGGUCCGGCUCAAGGACCUGUGCGUGUCUGUUUGACUGGUGUUUGGGGUUCUCUUCUCUUGCUGUUGUUAAUGCACCUCUUGUACAAGUGGGCUUGAUGGCGUCUAAUGCUAAUAGGGUUUUGGGUUGUAUUUUAUUGAGUAUUAACAUUCACUGGCGCUUGUAACAUGGGGCCAAAAUUGCCAAAGAAAGGUUCCAUUGAGUAAAUAUUGCCAAAGCAAGGUUUGAGCAUGUGGCUGCUUUGUUGAAUGUUUAAUUAGAGGUUAAGGGUGGCAACAGGCGCUGCUGGCUCUUGCCCUGGCCCUAGUAUCCAUGGAGCUAGUUCUAGGCGUGGCCCUGUUGAGGGCAGGCUUGGCAGAAAACAAUCGAAGAAAAAUAAAAGAAAAACAAGAAAAAAAGAGGGCCGCGCCGAACUGGGUUGGCACUGGCCCUUGCCUGGCACUCAGGCCACAAACUGUGGCCCAGGCUCUAUUUUUUUGGGGGCCAGACCUCCCAGGCCAGUCCAUCGGGCUCAUUGCUGGCCCUAGUUAGGU